AUGCAAGCUCAUCUUGAUAAAAAAUGUCCAAAAGCACCUAAUAACGCAAAAUCACAAGCUUUACAACAAAAUAUUAAAUCAACAUCCAGUGAUCAUAUUAAUGAAGAAGAACAAAAAUAUCUUGAAAUUUUAUUAGCAAAAGCAUUAUCAUCAGCUGAAGUUCCUUCUUCUUUCGUUGAAAAUCCACUUGUUAUUCAAUUUUUUCAACGUCUUCGACCAUCAUUCAAGUUACCAAGUAAAGAAAUAAUAACCGUACAAACAGAUGAUAAUGGUUAUCAUUCAGGAUCUUCAAGUGAAAAAAGUGUUGAAUUAUAUAAAAAAGCAGCUGAAAAAGGUCAUAUCGCUUCAAAAUAUGAACUUGGAUGUUGUUAUCAACAUGGAAAAGGAACCGAAAAAAAUGAAAUUAAAGCAUUUGAAUUAUAUAAAGAAGCUGCCGAAAAAGGUUACACCAAAUCGAUAAACAAGCUUGGAUGGUGUUAUUAUUAUGGAAUAGGUACUGAAAAAAAUGAAGUUAAGGCAUUUGAACAUUUUAAAGAAGCAUCUGAUAAAAACAAUACUGAUGCAAUAGAUAACCUUGGAUAUUGUUAUGAACAUGGAAUAGGAACUGAAAAAGACGAAAAAAAAGCAUUUGAAUUAUAUGAUAAAGGUUGGAUUGAUAUACACCAUCUUGCAUAUUGUUGUCGAUAUGGAAUAGGUACUGAAAAAAAUGAAAUUAAGGCAUUUGAAUUAUAUAAAAAAGCAGCUGAUAAAGGUCAUGUAGAUUCAAUAUAUAAUCUUGGAGAAUGUUAUUAUAAUGGAAUAGGAAUCGAAAAAAAUAAAUCUAAAGCAUUUGAAUUAUAUAAAGAUGCAGCUGAAAAAGGUUAUAUUAAAUCAAUACAUCAACUUGGAAAUUGUUAUCAACAUGGUGUAGGAACUAAAAAAGAUGAAGUUAAAGCAUUCGAAUUAUAUAAAAAAGCCGCUGAAAUGGAUCAUCUUAAUUCAAUUCAUGAUCUUGCUUAUUGUUAUCAACAUGAAAUAGGAAUUAAAAAAGAUGAAUUUAAAGCAUUCAAAAUUUAUGAAGAAGCUGCUAAAAAAGGUUAUGUUAAAUCAAUACAUCAACUUGGAUAUUGUUAUCAAUAUGGAAUAGGUACUGAAAAAAAUGAAGUUAAAGCAUUUGAAUUAUAUAAAGAAGCGGCUGAAAAAUGUGAUAUUGAUUCAAUAUAUAUGCUUGGAAAUUGUUAUCAAUAUGGGAUAGGAACUGAAAAAAGUAACAUCAAAGCAUUUGGAUUAUAUAAAACAGCAGCUGAAAAAGGUGAUAUCGGUUCAAAAUUUAAACUUGGAGAAUGUUAUUAUAAUGGAAUAGGAAUCGAAAAAAAUAAAAUUAAAGCAAUUGAAUUAUAUAAAGAACUAGUUGAAAAUGGUUAUAUAGAAUGGAAAAAGAAUUGA